AUAAAUAGCUAUCUGUCGUAAAAUGCCCAAAUCGUGUAUGGAACUUUCUAUAGCUAUAAAAAAUAAAUAUCAAUGUUUUAGUAGAAAUAAGUCGUUCAAAGCAUCGUGUGCAAUGAAAACCGUGACAAAUAAAUUUAGCAUAACACAACAGUACAAUUGAAGUUUUCGUCUCAAGUUUUGUCAUCCGCUGACUAUGUGAUUGUGCUGUGGAAUGCGUUUUGCCUGUUUGAAAACAAGCCCGUCUACUACAAACUCGACUAUCACAUCAAAAUAAGUCACCUAAUUGUUGAGAUCUAUGUUUACCCCAUAAAACUCGUUAACUAAGCAAACCAUAAAUACACAAGUGUGUUCAUAGUACGUAUAUCAAUAUCAUAGAGAUGAUUUGAUUAUUUUAACUGCCAAGAUUUCAACGUCUUUUGACAGGGGUUUGACAGACACGUAGCAUAUCACUGUUAGCAAUAAAUAUUUUAAUUUAUAUUCAUUGGCGGUACUAACCUGUGCAAAUAUUUUCAAUUUUUAAGUUGUCCUCUUUUAUUAUGUGCACUUUUAGCUCUAGGCAAAAACUUAGAUACCAGUAAUAUAAUCUAUUCUAGUCAUUAUACAUCAAAAGUGCAAGUGAUAUAAUCAAAAUCUGUAAUAAUGACUCGAUCAACUGCUAUGAUAGAGCUGGGCUCUUCCAGUUUGUCACUUUUAUCAAAUAAAAAAGAUAGUCAAGACAGCCACUUUAGAUGGCAGAGCAUAUUGAAGUUUAUAUAUUUGAUAAGCACAUAUUCGGCCUCUUUGUAUAAUUUCGAUUUAUUUUCAAAGGUGUGCGUAAACGUGAGACUAAUCGACUUUAUAUUUGUGGAAUCGACAGUAGGCUUGUCGUACUUGUGUAUGGAUAGUUUCAUUAAACAAUUCACCAGACGAUAUGAUUGCUAUAGAUUUAUGAGUCCACUUCUCAGAGGGAUAUCCUAUGGACGAUUUCUGCAAUCCGCAUACUAUUUACUGCUGAACGUCAGCUAUGUAGUUGACUGCUUACGAUUCAUGAUCGGAAGUUUUCGAGAAGUGCCUCCCUGGUCGAUGUGUGCUCCCAAUUCAAGUUGUCUAUCGCCCGAAGACGUGAUGUACCUGUGCAAUAACAACAAAACUAUAAAAUUUUCUAAAACCUCCGCUGGCAAAUAUUAUCAAGAAGCAUUUAGUACGAUGGACAGAAACGCACUGACAACAAGACUGUUUAUGACCGGCGUGGUCUGGAUGCUCAUAUUCUUUAUUGCGUCUGUCGCUGAAGACACAAUUAUAAAGAUUUUUAAAUUAACGUUUGUGGUCAGAGCUGUGUCUACUUUAAUUACAAUGGUCUUUUUACUUAUUUCUGUCGAGGAUCAUGCCUCGCAAGCAUUUUCUAUAAUAUUGGAUAUAUCUGGACCUAGUACGCUCAUGCUUGCCGCCCGUCACACAUGUUACGCUUACGGUAUUGGGUUAUUGGGCCCUUACGAUUUUGGUUUAAUGUCUCCGUACACAAUGAUUGAUACAGCAGCAGUAAUCUCCGUCGCGAUGUUUACAUUGUUAGCUUUCUUAAGGUCGUGGAUAGUGAAAACAUUAGUUUUAGUGAUGACUGAAUGUAUUAUAUUGCAACCUCAAGAUUUAAAAACUCAUAUUCUAUUCUAUGCAAUAUUGCCCUUUAGUGCUGAAUUUUUACAUGCACACAAGUUGUAUGUUUUUUAUUUAUAUGGAAAUAUGUUAAUGGGCACGUUAAUUUUCGUAACAAAUCUUGUAUUACUAUUAUCGAAGUUUUUAAGUUACGAGUUUCGAUCAGUGAAACAAAUUUAUAUUGUUGGUCUCUUGUGCUGUUUAGGUUUAGCAUUAUCCGUACCUUUGCUUAUAAUGAUGUCAAAUUUAUCUCAAAAAAAAGUAUUAACGUUCGGCAUAGACAUGAUGGCGACAUAUCUGGGAGGUCUUUUCGUAGCAAUUGUCAUGUGGUUGUAUGGAUUGGGAAGGUUUGCAACUGAUAUACAGUAUUGGCUCGCUUUCAGGCCAACACGGUUUUGGACAAUAAGUUGGGCAUUGCUGCCGGUAGCGCUUUUUGCUAUGACGAUAGCUUCAUUUGUUGAAAUACUUACACUUGAAGAUCCAAUGGCAAAAUGGACAGCUUUAGGUUGGGUAGCGUUUACACUAUUACUUGUAGGUAUCAUGAAUCUUAAAGUUAUGGUUGGAUUUUUAAUGAGAAAUAAUCUAGCCGGUUUGUUUAAAGCAAAUAAACAUUAUGGACCUCCUGACUCAGAAGAUCGUAAACGGAGGUUGUAUUACAGUGAAUUUACACGACAGCGAAAAUGUAGACAUAAUUGUUUAGUCAUAGACGAUUGGUUUGAUUGUAACCAUAAAACAAUAACUCUAGAUAACAAAACUACUCUGUCAUCGUCCAGUUCUGAGGAUGGAUCUUUAUUAAAUAUUUACGAUUCCAAGACCGCAAGCCGAUUACGGAGCAUAGGCGCUUUGUCUCCAGCCAUUCAGAUACAAACUUAAACAUCAUAUUGUGUCUGUUGUUUUUAAGCAUUUGUUUCAGGUCAGGUUUCUUACAAAUAUAUUAUUUUUUUACGAG